UCUUCAUCAUCCAUUCAAAAGUUCCUUGAGAGAUUUCCUCCUCCAUUGUUCUGCUUGUUCUUUCCGAGAGUUUAUGCAUUAUCGGUUGGAUUUUGGUGGGUGCUUUUGUAUCGUGGGGUUCCAUUCAUGGGCGCCUGUUGUACUAAGGAUGGCAGGUAGAGGGUCCAUGGGGAUCUUGUGGAAGGGAAAGAAGACGAGGGGGGUGAAGAGAUUGACAUUCGACGUGGAGAUGCUGGAGACCUUAUAAGGUUGAAAGGACCUUCUAGCUUUACAUCAAUGUACACCCAGCAAGGAAGAAAAGGGAUCAACCAAGACGCCAUGACAGUUUGGGAGGAUUUGUCUGGCGAGAAAGAAAUGUUCUUCUGUGGUGUUUUCGAUGGUCAUGGUCCCCAGGGUCACAGAGUUGCACACCAUGUACGUGACAAUCUACCCUCAAAGCUCUCUGCAGCACUUAAAAUCUCACAACGUCAUCAAAGAAAAUAUAGUAAGGUUGAUGUUGAUGUUACCGAUACCGACGAUGAUUCUAGUGGUAAUUGCAACAGUCGCGUCGACAUCAACGAUCGUCCUAGGAACCCGUAUAGUCAGAAUAUAUCUCUUGCUUCAUGGGAGGGCAGCUUUGUUAAAUCUUUCAAAGAAACGGACGAAGAACUUUGUCUAAAUUCCUCCAUUGAUAGCUUUUGCAGUGGUACCACAGCCGUGACUAUAGUUAAACAGGGUCGCCACUUGAUCAUUGCCAACUUGGGAGAUUCUCGAGCAGUUCUUUGUACAAGAGGAGACAAUAAUCAACUUCUACCCAUUCAACUCACAGUUGACUUGAAACCAGAUGUUCCAAGUGAAGCUGAAAGAAUAAUGAAUUGUCGAGGCAGAGUUUUUGCAGUGGAAGGACAGCCUGAUGUUUAUAGAAUAUGGAUGCCUGAUGAAGAUUGCCCUGGUCUUGCUAUGUCAAGGGCUUUUGGAGAUUUCUGCCUCAAGGACUGUGGUCUGAUAUCAGUUCCUGAAGUUUCUUAUAGGAACCUCACUAUCAAUGAUGAGUUUGUGGUUCUAGCAACCGAUGGGGUAUGGGAUGUGUUAACAAACAAUGAAGUUAUAAAAAUAGUUUCUUCUGCAAAGAAACCAUCAAUGGCAGCCAAAUUGUUGGUAAAUCAUGCUGUUACAACCUGGAGAUGUAAAUAUCCGAGUUCCAAGGUUGAUGACUGUACAGUCAUAUGCUUGUUCCUCAAAACCAAGCCCAUCUCUGAAGUGACUCCAGGAAGUGUGAACUGCUCCUUAUAACUUGAUACUUCUAGCCUCUAGGCUCUAGGUUCACUAGAUUUGAGGUAGACCCUGAAUCUGUGAAUAGCAAGGUUAGUGUAAUUAACCCGACCAAAAAGUGUAAUGCUCUUGUAGGAGUGAGUAGAACAUGCUCAAAUGAUUAGAUUUGUAGCGUUUACAGCUUUAUGAGUUGGUUGGGAACAAACAGAGCGUUUGAAGAGGCUGAAAGCUCGCUUGCACAGUGGUUUUCAUGUCAAAUUGUAUCUUGCAGUUGAACCCCAUUAAAUGAUUUUGUAAAUUAUCCCUUUC